CGAGUAUAAAAAACAACCCAUGUGUAGUGCUGAGUUCGAGGAGAGGAGUCCAAUCUAUUGCUUCCUGGCUAUUCAAAGUGCGCUUGAUCUGUUAAAGACUAAUGACAUUAAACUGUAAAGGCAAGGAAAUCGAAUACAAGGAGGCAUUCGCUCUCUUUGACCCCACCAACUCUGGCGUUAUCCAGCCCCAAGCCUUCGCUGACUUCCUUGCUCUCCUUAACGACCCCGAGUUGACUCAAAAGGUCAAGAUCCCUACCCAACCUUUGGACUACAAGGCAUUUUCUGCUCUCUUGGCCAAGAGCGAUAAGGGUGCUGAAACUUCUGAUGAUGCCUACGGUCUCCUUUUCAAAACCAUUAAUAAAGAUGGCUCUGGUAACAUUUCUGCUGCUGAACUCCGUGCUGCCCUUCAGCACUUUGGCAACAACUCUUUGUCUGAGGCCGAUAUUGAUGAGAUUGUUCAUGAGGCCGAUGUCUCUGGCGAUGGCCGUAUUACCCUUGAAGAGUUCUUGAAGAUCAUGCAGAAGUCUGAGAAGAAACUCCGUGGCGAGCAUGUUCUAUAAAAAAGAAUAAAAAACACCUCUUGCUUUGUAUUAACAAUCAUAAUAUUCCCUUCUCUUUAUCAGUAAUAAAAACCAAAAAAAAA